AUGAAUAGCACCCCAGGAGACACGAAGGAUGUUCCUGUUCCUGCGCCAAGCCACCGGCAAUGUCUACUGCCCUCUGUGGCUCACACUCCCUCCGUCACUGAGGUGACGCCAGCCAAGAAGAUAACCUUUCUCAAGCGAGGAGAUCCCCAGUUCGCUGGGGUCCGCCUGGCUGUUCACCAGCGUACGUUCAAGACCUUCAGCUCUCUGAUGGAUGAGCUGUCUCAGCGCAUGCCUCUCUCCUUUGGGGUGCGUUCUGUCACCACACCCCGGGGCUUGCAUGGCCUCAGUGCCCUGGAUCAGCUGCAAGAUGGAGGCUGCUACCUCUGCUCUGAUAGGAAGCCCCCUAAAACUCCCAGAGAGCCAGGCCGGCUGCAAAGGCAAAGAGCUUCUGCUGGGCAGUCACAGGGCUUUGAAGCUCCAGAAACAUCCUCUUCCUGGAAGGGUCCCAUGGCCCCGAGGAGGCUGACACUGGUGAAGAAUGGGGACCCUAGAUGCCAGCAGACAGUGGUUCUCAGUCACAAGAACACCAGGAAUCUGGCAGCCUUCCUCAUCAAAGCUUCGGAGCUUCUGCACUUUCCAGUGAAGCAGGUGUACACGCCCCGAGGGAAGAAGGUGGACUCUCUGCAGACACUCCUGGAUGGUCCCUCUAUGGUAGUGUGUGCUGGGAACGAAGCCUUCAGACGUCUGGAGAUGGAAAAUGAUGGAGGGAACAGGACCAGAACCUUAUCUGGUGUGCGUGCAAGGAGUGAACACGGUUCCUGGGGCCCGAACACCAAGCAGAGUGUGAUGCACUCGAGGGCCAGGUCUGGCGGCAGGCUGCGGCAGUUUUCCUGGAUAUCGGAGAGGUCUGCUCCAAGUGACCAUCCAGCAUCCAGUCAUCAGGCCUGGACGGGGCCUGCUUUGGACAGGUGUCCUCAGGACACCCCUGCCCCGUCUGGUUCCUUGGUGGCGGCUGAUGACGUGGAGAAGAAGGUCUGCAUGAAUGAGGACGGCAGCCUGUCUGUGGAGAUGAAACUCCGCUUCCAGCUUCUGGGCGAGGAUGCCUUGCGGUGGUCCCAGAGGGUGGGGAAUGCCGGUGUCUUUACAGCAGCCAGCAGUGAAGGCCAGGUCCUGAGGGAGGCCGGACCCUUCUGCUGCAGACAGGAGGGCCACCCUUGGAAUUUCUUGGAGCCUGGGGCACAGGGUCUGGGUCCCCAUGAUGGAGGAUGCCGGGGAGCCUUUGACGUGAGCCAGCAAUCACGACCCAGCUAUGACAUCUGGAGGAACCCCCUGACGACUCCUGAGGGUGCGGGGCCAACUGCUCGGAGGAGAUGGGGCCUGGUUAAGCUCUCUGGAGGCAGGAGACACUGGAGCCAGAGGGCCAGUGGCAGGAAGGGACAUGACCAGGAUGAUGCCAGCCCAGUCUCAACUCCCAGGUACCCUAGAAGUGCUCAGCCAGGUUCCCGCUACCCCUGGACUCCGGAUGAUGAGACGAGCAGUGACACCUUGCAUCCAAUCUCCUCAGCUUCUUCCCAAAGUGGGGCUGAAUCUGGUGACGGCCCCUGCCGAGAGGACACGGGACCCCGUGGCUUGAGACCCGAGACCCAAGGUAUAGAAAGGGCCCUUUCUGAUACACCAGCCAGUGCUGAGUCUCCUGAGGAGCCCAGUGAAUGUGGUGGCCAGCACCACAGAGGCUCAAACCAGGCAAGGGUCGUGGCGUCUCAGGGGCAAACCACCCAAGGUGAUGAUAGUCCCUGUAUUCCAACCCAGAGUCUCUCACCUUUGAGCCACAUCGGCCUUCAGACAGAGAAGUGUAGAGAGGGCACCAGGUGCCAGGAGGCCACAGGUGAGCCUGUACUGAGACUGCCACUGGUUGCAGGCCACCAUGGCUCUCAGGACACACAGAGCAAUGCUCUCCCAGCUCCUGCGUGUGCCCCAGCCGAACAGAGGGAGAGAAAGCAGAAGAGGCCGGCUGGUGGUGUGCGCUUGCCCUGUGUCUCUGUCCCUUGCCAAGUGGCUCAGAAAGGCCAUGCUAAGCAGUGUCACUAUGGCAGGGACACGCAAUCUUCGCCGGACACAGCCAUGCAAAUGUCACUGCCUCAGGAAAGAGAACAGGCCUGCCCAGGAAGCCCAGCACCUCAGUUUUCUCCAAACUCAUCUAGUGCUGGGAAUCAGGCCUCUGAGACUCUGCAAUCACCAUUCUCUAGUUCUCCUGACUUUCAGGACCCAGAAACCACCAUCAUACCUACGAGUGACUCUGACUGUGUUUCUGGCUUUCACAACCUCAGCACUCUCUCUGCAGAGCCAGCAGGGGACACUGAGUGCCCGGCUCACUCUCUAGUUCCCACACCUGUCCACAGAGGAGAGAUUGGUGGCCUGCGGGACGAGGCAGAGACCACCCCUGAGCCCUCCUCAGCCUCUACUUUUCUGGACAGAUGGCCUGAGGCAGAGGAUCCAAGAACCCACCACGACUGCUGCUUACUGGGUGCAGCAUCCUCUACCCUCACAGCCCCCAGUGAUCAAAUGCAAGGCCUUAUUCCCGAGGCCUGCUUGGAGGACAGCAGUUUCUGCCCUACUGCCCCCAAGGAGCAAACAUGUUCCAGGAAGGAGCCUCAAAGCAGCAGCAGUACCAGCAGUGACCACAGUGGAGCUGGCGGCCAUGCUGGGCCCAGGAGGACUCUGUUGGGGACGUCCCCUGGUUUCAGGGGAAGCCUUGAGGAGCAGGAAGAGGAUGGUGGUGUAACACCCAGUGCUCUGCCCUACAGCUCUCCAGAUGCCAUGGUUCGUGAGUGGCUAGGUAACAUCCCAGAAAAGCCAGUACUCAUGACAUAUGAGAUGGCAGGUGAGACUGCAGAGGUGGUCAAUGAUGACCCAGAAGGUCCCAAGGAAGACCUUGGUGAUGGCUGUUCUUUGAAAGUCCUGGGGGAACUGGCCCAAACCGGACAACAGCUCCCAGAAGGGGUUACUGAUGAGCAUGCAGAGCCAGCAGGAGUCCUCCCAGGGACUGGUUCUAUGAGCUGCAAACUAGGAGGUGAUCCACAUCAUGAUGAGGUACCAGGUGAAAGGGUCAAGGCCCCUGCAGAAGCUGGAAUGGGAGAAAGGGCCACUGUGGACCACGGUGUAAGCCUGUAUGCACUCCCCAGUAGGGUCUCAGCCUCCACACAGAUCAUGAAAGCCCUCCUGGGCUCCAAGCCAGGCCGGCCCAGCAGUCUACCAGAGGUCUCUAGCACAGUAGCCCAGAGGCUCAGCUGCUCUGCUAGGACCCUCAUUGCCUGCCUUGCCAGGCUCCAUUUCUUUGAUGAGGCUCUAGGGCCUCCGGGUGGCAAAGUGAGGCUUGAAGAAUCACCUAAGUACCAGGAGAUGGUGAGCCUCUUCCAGAGCCUGUGGCCUAGGAGUGAGGUUGGGAAAGGCCAGCUGGAUAUGGGCCUCAGGAGAAUCACUUCCCACCAGGGUCUGCUUGGGACCGAGGUCUUCACACCCACCUCCUCCUCUGGUGUGGAUGUCAGCAGUGGCUCUGGAGGCUCGGGUGAGAGCAAUGUGCCCUGUGCCGUGGAUAAUACCACGGCUCCCAAGAAGAUAGACUUACCCUUAAAAAUCCCCCCUCAAAGACCUGAUUCCAAGAACCAGGGAUACCCAGAGGGGGUGAAUCCUUCCACAGUUUCAUCUGGCUCCCAGGUACGGGGUUGUGCCAGCAGGGAGGAGUCAGAUAAAGGUGGUAGGAUGCAGGUGUGGGACAAGGCCCCAGAAAAAUCAGCUGAAACCACAAUGCUGGGAGAAGAGGCACAACCAGAAGAAAGAGAAUGGAGAGCAAGAGAAGGGCUGCAGGAAGGUGGUGUCAAUGGGAAAGGGCUUCUGGAAGAAGAGGCUACAGUCUGCAGUCAGGGAAUGCUUGGAGCUGGCUCUCGGGAUGGGGAGGGCUCACCAGAGGACACCAGAGUGCCAAAAGAUGGAGCAGGAACUGAUGCUGCCUCUGGAGAACCGUGGCCCUUACUUAGAAGAGAGGAGGAACCCACAGAAUCCUCCCAGCAUUUCAGUCAGAGCAAGCCAAAUGUUAGUGAGAGUCAAAGUGUUCACAUAUUGGAGCAGGGGUUAGAAGAGAUGUCCAGAGCAGAUGCAACGGGCCACGAGCAAGCCUGCAUCAAGGCCAGCUCAGGAACCAGGGAGAGAGACACACCUCCAGCCCACAAGGGAUCUCUGGACCCUGACCCAAUCUGGGUGUUCAAGCUGCUGAAGAAGAUAGAGAAAGCUUUCAUGGCUCACCUGGCUGAUGCCACAGCUGAACUCCGAGCUCGAUGGAGCCUUCAUGACAACAGCCUUCUGGACCAGAUGGUGACAGAAUUGGAGCAAGAUGUGGGCCGACGGCUUCAAGCAAGCACUUUCAGGGAAGUUAGGAAGAUCCAGAGCCGGGCAGGGAGGAUGGCUCCGAAACCACCCCGGGAAACCCUCAGAAGUCAGACAUCUCUACAGACAGAGCAGCGCAGGCGCCGCCUUCAGGGCCUGCGCAACUUUUCAGCCUUCCCCGCCCAGGAACCCCUUUCCUUCACUCUGGAGGAUGGGCCCACUCUAGGGACAGCUUCAGGGACCAGACCAGGUGCAGGGGCCAUAAGGGAUGAGUUCUGUCCCUGUGAAGUCUGCCUAAAGAAGAUGAAUCAUGGGUUCCCAAAGGAUGCCACAGUGGUCUCCAAUGCACCAGUCAGAAGGGCCUUUGACCUGCAGCAAAUUCUACAGAGCAAAAAAGGAGAAGCCAGGAACGGAGAGGCUAUGGAGGUGGUGGCACCCCAGAAGACAGAGAUGAUGCUGUCUCAGGAGGACCCCAGACCUGUCCAGGGAGCCGACGGGAAGCAAGACCUGAAGUUGACACAAGGGCCUGGUGUAGCUGAGGGAGAGGAGGGGGAAGGGAGGCAGAGGCUGAGAGGAGAGGAGGAUCCUGAGUUUUUGAAAGCAGAAGGAGCUGGUUGCCAUGCGCCAGAUGAGGAUGCAGCCACAGAGAAAGAAGGGGAACUCGACAUCAGUGCCCCACCAGAAAGCCAGCAGUUAGAGGGGGGAGGGAUAGAGAAGGGAGAAACCUCCCGGCACCAGAGCUUUAGAGACAGAAGUGCUUCGUGGUCUUCCAGAACACACAGAGGCCACUCUGUGGAGGUUCCAGAAGCUUCCAGAGAAAGAGAGCCAGAGGUAGAAGGAGGAAAUCAAGAUGGAAAGGAAAGCAGCCCUUGUGUGAGCUCAGCAGAGAGCCAGAGAAGGACGGCUUCUGAAAACACCAGCCUAGACCAAGACGGGGGUCUCCAGAACCACCAUCGAAGGCCAGGCUCCCGAAGCCACUGUGCAGCGCACUCCUCCAGGGCGUCAACUCUGGGCAGCUGCUCACAGGUGUCUCAGAAGGGCUCAGAGGGAGAUUUUCCAAGUGGAGACCUCAAGUGUACCGCAGUCGAGAACAGUAAGGUCUUGCAUGCAGACAGAAAGGUCACCAUGAUGUAUCCAAAAAGUUCAUCUUCUGAGCAAGAAGAAGCCCCCUCCAGCCCAAGGCCUCCAAAGCAGGGGAAGGAUGAAGGCUGGCAUGUGGAAAAUGAAAGGACAGUUGGAAGCUUGGCUUGUACCCAGGUUGGGAGUAGGGUAAAUGGCUUUGGCCAGGAAGAUUUAGAUUUCUAG